AUGAAAGGAUGGCUUGAUAUGUAUAAGGUCACAUAAAAAGUGAAAAGAAAUAAUAAUUAGGUUGGACAAAUAUUUAACUUCGAAAAAAAUAAUUAUUUAAUAACUAAAAAAAUAGAUGAUCAUCUUGACUAUGAAUUUCCUUAGAACGAAUGUUUUAGUUUGGCUUAGUUGAUAGAAGCAAUGGUAUUUUGUAUUAUUAUGUUAAGAAAUGUAAUUGCAUAAAGAUUUAUAAAGGAUAGGUUUUAAUUAUCAUUUUAUAAGUGUUAAAGCAUCUUUAAUAAUUACAUUAAAUGAACUUAUCACAUGGAAGAUUAAAACCUUAAAACAUUGUUAUUUAAUUAAAAAAUGAAAAAGAUCAUAAAUUAUCAAUCGUAUAAUCACAAAUUUCAAUACAAUAAGUCUAUUUUAUAAAUUAUAGAAUCAUUGAUGAAGUAGAAUAUGAAAUUAAUUGCUCUUAAGAUGUAGAUGAUAUUAUUGGUUGUUGUAUUGAAUUAAUAAAAGCAUAUUCAAAAACUCUUUGUGAAUAACUGCAAUUUAUUGUUGAUAAUUUAAAUUAGUAUAAAAAUGACAAAAAGGAGAGAGAUAUAUAACAAUUAUUCUUCUUUCUCUAUUUACAAAUUAAAGAGUAUUUAAUACCGUUAUUUUAGUUGUGUCGAUUUAAGUAACUAAAAAGUAAAGACUGUUCGAAUCUCUCCUUCUAAUUUUUUUGGCUAAGUUAACAACAAUAUCUAAUGUUAUGAAGGAGAAGAGUAUGGUCUUUUAUCAAAAAGAUAGAGAAAUUAGACUAUUUUCAUUACAAAGUUUUUGAAAGUAAUUCAUUUUCAGCUCGUUGAUUGUGAAUUAUAAUUAUAAAAUGAUCCCAUAGAAAACGGAAUUGACUAAUUGGUUUCACAUUUUGAUGCGCAUUAAUUGAAAUAAGAAGAAUAUCAGAUCUUUACAAUUUUUGAAUCAAUCAUAAGAUAAUAAAUGAUGAAAAUAAUAUGGAAGAACUAUGGAGAAUUCUUAGAAUCUAACAAAUAGGAAAAUAAUGAAGAAAAAUUGGUUUAAAUAAUUAAAAUCAUGAAUUAAACAAAUAAAUAAAUCUUAAAUAAUCAUCUAAUUAUUUUUCUUAAAGAAUAUAAAAAUAUUAAAUAAUUGAAUGAUGAAAUAUAAAAAGAUAUCGACAAGUAUUAAAAGUUUGAUAUUACUUAUCAUGAAUAGAAAGCAAAAGAUCAAUUUAUUUUAGAACUAAAAGUUUAGGCAUAAAAUUAUGAUUUUAAUAAUAUUUAAGUAUUUAUUGACAACAUCAAAACUUAAGUUAAAUAAGAGUUACAUAAAUUUUACUAUCAAAUUUUAGAACAUAAAAGAAUAACCCAUGAUUUUAGUUGA